UGCUGAUGGGGGUACAAUUUUUGUUCACGUGACGUCACGAAUGACACGUGUAUUCAAGAUGGCGGCCGCGGCGAUGGAGACGUGGUUGGCCCUGCUGCUGUUGUCCAUGUUGCCUGGAGGGGUCCAGCCUUUUUACGUGCCUGGAGUUGCUCCAAUGAACUUCCACCAGAACAGUGUUGUAGAGAUUAAGGCUGUGAAGCUGACCAGCUCCCGGACUCAGCUUCCCUAUGAAUACUACUCCCUGCCCUUCUGUCAGCCUGAUAAAGUGGUCUACAAAGCAGAGAACCUGGGGGAGGUGUUACGCGGGGAUCGUAUUGUGAACACCUACUCGGUACUCAUGACCCAGGACAGGAAGUGUAAGGUGGUUUGUGCCAAGAUGAAACUCAACGUGCAGCAAGAGCAAGCUGGUGGCUGAGGCAUCCAGGAAGAGUACUAUGUUCACCUCAUUGCAGACAACCUACCAGUGGCCACACGACUGGAGUUCUACCCCACAAAGACAGAGGAGGAGAAGGAUGUGGUGAAGGAUGUUCAGUUUGAACACGGCUACAGACUGGGCUUCACUGAGAACAGCAAGUUCUACCUACACAACCACCUGUCCUUCAUCAUCUACUACCACAAGGAGAAGCUGGAGGAGGGGGAAGAGCACAACUACAGAGUUGUACGUUUUGAGGUGGUUCCCCAGAGUGUCAAGGUGGAGGACCUGAAGGCUGAUAAGGGGCUGUGUACCCUGCCUGAGGCCACUAACUCAGCUCCUCAGGAGAUUGACCCCUCCAAGGAGAAUGAGGUUCUCUUCACCUACUCCGUCCGCUGGGAGGAGAGCCAGGUGAAGUGGGCAUCUCGCUGGGACACCUACCUGACCAUGAGUGACGUGCAGAUCCACUGGUUCUCCAUCGUCAACUCCGUGGUGGUGGUCUUCUUCCUCUCUGGGAUCCUCAGUAUGAUCAUCAUCAGGACCCUGAGGAAGGACAUCGCCAACUACAACAGAGAGGAUGACAUAGAGGACACCAUGGAGGAGUCGGGCUGGAAGAACGUCCAUGGUGACGUGUUCAGACCUCCACAGUAUCCCAUGAUCCUCAGCUCUCUGCUGGGCUCAGGCAUACAGCUCUUCUGCAUGAUUCUCAUCGUCAUCUUCGUGGCCAUGUUGGGGAUGCUGUCUCCUUCCAGUAGAGGGGCCCUGAUGACCACUUCCUGCUUCCUGUUCAUGUUCAUGGGUGUGUUCGGUGGAUACUUUGCUGGCAGACUCUAUCGRACGCUGAAAGGCCAUCGMUGGAAGAAGGGAGCCUUCUGUACGGCCACUCUGUACCCGGCUGUGGUCUUCUGCAUCUGCUUCGUCCUCAACUGUUUCAUCUGGGGAGAGCACUCGUCUGGAGCCGUCCCCUUCACCACCAUGCUGGCUCUGCUCUGCAUGUGGUUCGGUAUCUCCAUGCCGCUGGUCUACUUGGGCUACUACUUUGGCUUCCGCAAGCAGCCGUACGAUAACCCCGUCCGCACCAAUCAGAUCCCUCGCCAGGUGCCCGAGCAGCGCUGGUACAUGAACAAGUUUGUGGGAAUUCUGAUGGCUGGGAUUCUACCGUUUGGUGCCAUGUUCAUUGAACUCUUCUUCAUUUUCAGUGCCAUCUGGGAGAACCAGUUCUACUACUUGUUUGGUUUCCUCUUCCUGGUGUUCAUCAUCCUGGUGGUGUCCUGCUCCCAGAUUAGUAUCGUCAUGGUCUACUUCCAGCUCUGUGCGGAGGACUACCGGUGGUGGUGGAGGACCUUCCUGGUAUCAGGGGGCUCAGCCUUCUACGUUCUUGUUUACGCCAUUUUCUACUUUGUCAACAAGCUGGACAUUGUGGAGUUUAURCCUUCCCUGUUGUACUUUGGCUACACGGCUCUCAUGGUCCUGUCCUUCUGGCUCCUUACAGGGACAAUCGGCUUUUACGCAGCAUACAUGUUCAUACGGAAGAUCUACGCUGCCGUCAAAAUCGACUGAGUUUGUUUCUGCUGCUGUUUUUUUUUUGCCACAUUUUCUUGUUCCGUUUUUUAAUUUUUAAUUUUUGUAUUCUUCAUGUCCAGCAAACACUGACUUCUGUGUAUGGAAGGAAGGAAGCAUGAGGUGGGUUUUGUGGAACAGUGCCACCCACAGGCAUAGGGAGAGAACAGCAAGAUGACGCUGCCUGCUAGCUCAACGCUCCCCUCUCCCUCCGUUAUUGGUGUCCACAGAGACAGAGUUCCUCUGGGACAGUCCAUGGUUUUCUGUGUUUCACCCUGGACACAUGGGCCAAAGCAUGUCAAUUGAAAGUCUCUGUAUGUUUUAGUGUCUGCUGUUGGAGUUGGACAAUCAAUGAAGUGCAUUGGUUCAGAACUUCACUUUGUUUUAAAAUCAGUUUCUCUGUAAGAUGUUUUAGUCUGA